CAGCGGUAGUGGCGGUGGCAGCAGUUCAGUAGUUCCUAUCGAUGCCCUCAGCGAGUCGCAUUUAACAUUUGUCAUCGUCAAAUGUUUUAUUAUCGGUUUCAUCAUACUCGCUGCCAUACUUGGCAACAUGCUGGUUAUUGUAUCCGUCAUGCGACACAGGAAAUUGCGGAUUAUCACCAAUUAUUUUGUGGUCUCACUGGCGGUGGCGGAUAUGCUGGUGGCUUUGUGUGCCAUGACCUUUAAUGCUUCCGUUGAAAUAUCCGGUAAAUGGAUGUUCGGCUCAAUCAUGUGUGAUAUGUGGAACAGUUUCGAUGUCUACUUUUCGACGGCGAGUAUAAUGCACCUGUGCUGCAUAUCGGUGGAUAGAUACUAUGCCAUUGUCCAGCCAUUGGAUUAUCCUUUAAUUAUGACACACCGGCGAGUGUUCAUCAUGCUGGUGAUUGUGUGGCUGGCGCCGGCUUUACUCUCAUUUCUGCCCAUUUGUUCCGGUUGGUAUACGACCAGUGAAAAUUGGCGUUACUUAAAGUCAAAUCCUCAUAUUUGUGAAUUUAAAGUCAAUAAAGCGUAUGCCAUUGUCAGUUCAUCGGUAAGCUUUUGGAUACCUGGCAUUGUCAUGCUUUCAAUGUAUUAUCGCAUUUAUCAGGAAGCAGAUAGGCAAGAGCGACUGGUUUACAGGUCGAAAGUUGCUGCUCUGCUGCUGGAGAAACAUUUACAGAUAAGUCAAAUACCCAAACCCCGUCCUAGCAUACAGGUGGAACCCUCAACCAUAUCGACGAUGCGAAGAGAACGCAAAGCAGCACGCACACUGGGCAUUAUUAUGAGCGCCUUUCUGCUGUGUUGGCUGCCCUUCUUUCUAUGGUACAUCACCUCAACACUGUGUGACAGUUGUACCACACCUCGCAUCGUUGUGGGCAUUCUCUUUUGGAUUGGUUAUUUCAAUUCGGCCCUGAAUCCCAUUAUCUAUGCCUACUUCAAUCGAGAUUUUCGCGGAGCAUUUAAGAAAACAUUGAAGGUAAGUUGUCCGCAUGUUUCCGAAUCUUAG